AUGGCUGAUAUGGCGGCGAUAUUUUCGAUCAAAUCAUCAAAGUUCUCAAGCAGCUCGUGGACAAAAACCCUCAGCCAAUGUCUCUUUUCGCCCACCACUCUUUUAAUGCCCUCCUCGAAAACUGCUUAUAUGACCGUGCUAAGACAGCAGUUCGCUCUAGUCACUGGGCGAAAAAGACAAGCUGUCACAAAAUUCAGUGAUACCGACCCGUUGGUCGGAUGGGCAAAGAAGACGGUGAAUUUGGCCGUUGAUUGA